UGCCUGCCUGUCCUUUUCAAUAUAAGUGUCUGGAACAGGACAUCUGUUGCCAAAGCAGAGUCACAUACGGUAAAGCUAAGUAGGAUUUAGUGAUCAUAUAGCCUGACCUUUCACAUCAGGCUGGGCGAUUAAAUGAUUGUCCUGGGCCAGUGAGACAGCUCAUCAGGUAAAGUGCCUUUAGUCAAGCCUGACGCGCUGGGCUAGAUCCCUGGAAUCCAGGUGAAGUUGAUGAGGGAACACUCACACAGUCCUAAGACUUAUUAAAAAAAAAAGCCCCCCCCACUCAAAAGCCUUUCUCUCCUCUCUCCCUGGGCUCUUGAAUUAGGGUCAAGGCCGGCAGGUGCAGGAUCAUCACUGCCUCACCCUGUAAUCCUGGCGGUGCUGAGCCAGGCCUUCCAGCUCCGUGAGCCAGCCAGCCGUCUGGCCGCGCGAGAGGAUGGCGGAGGAAGAGGGCGGCGUGGAGGAGAGUGAUGUGUUCCUAGCCUUCGCCCAAGGGCCCACUCCUCCUCGGGGGCCCCUGCGGCGCGCUUUGGACAAGAUCUUCCUCACCUUCUUGGUCCUCUUCCUGACAGUGCUGAUGUUGGAGGCUGCUUACAAACUGCUGUGGCCCCUGCCAUGGGCCAAGUUUCGGGACUGGCUUCUGAGGACGCCCCAGGAGGAGGCGGCGCUGGAGCUGUGAGGGUCUCCCUGUAGACACCGCCUCAGAGCUCUCCCGGAGGAGUAUACACGCGAGGGGCCUUGGAGAGCCUCAUUUCCCGGCGCUCCCAGCGGCAGCUUGCACGGCUGCCCCUCAAGCGUGCGCCAGGUUACCCGCGCCCCGCCUCGUCCCCUGCAAACCCCGCCGGGAAGCACGGUCUUCUGCUGAGGACGACCCUCGGAGAAACAGAGCGCCCCAGUCGCCCCAGCUGGCUCGGUCAUCACGUCUGUGGUGCGGGGCGAGCAGCGGGUCACCGACAGCAAUAAUAACAAUACCUCACCUGUGCAGCAUGCUGUGCUCAUUUGUGUGGAUGUGUGUGUGCACCCGAACCUAGA